AUGGUUGAAGCCGCUGUGGGGAGGAGGCAAGUCGACGAAGCUCUCCUCAACUUUGUGAAGAAGAUUCGGGGAGUGGAUCUGAACUUCGACGCGAUGGAGGAGAAGCUCGCGGCUAAGCUGGCGAAGAGUAUCGCGGAUGGGGAUGCGAUUGACGAAGUUGUUAUCGAUGAUGAUGACUUCGCUCCGCCUAACAGCCUUAAACGGCUGGUGCUGCCGGGAUCUCCUUCUCGUCGAGAUGGUGGUGGUGCGGAUCCGGGUGCGGGACCCUCUACUUCUGGGGCCAAGUCUGCUUAG